UGUCAACCUCAGCUCGGCUCCUUGUACCGCUGCUGGGCCGGGCCACCGCGGACGACUAGCGACCCAGGGCCGUCCUGUGUGUAGACUCGUUGCGAUACGGAAUUACUGUCGAAGACCGGUGAGUUCGUCGCCAUGUUGACGUCAAUUCCGACCAGGCUGUUCAUGCGAAGGUCGCGCAGCCUUUCACCCCGCAGCCGCCUGCCCCAAGCAGGUUCCGGUGACGCGUGUAGCCGCGGCAUCCGUGAGACGCCGGCGGAAGCCAACCGCAGCUCCGUCGUGUCCGCCUCCUGGGUCUCCAGGAGAGGCGUUUUGGUCGACGGAGCUCAAGUCCCCGCCGUCAAUCCCAGUGUGCAGUACCACCACCUCGCGGCUAGGUGGCUCAGCAACCUCGAGAAUCGCCGCAGCUCCUGGGCUGCUUUGGCCAACAGGGGGCGCGAUGGCAAUCAGUACUGGGAGGGCAGCGCUCAGAGAGGUGGAGGAGAGAGCCGGUCCCGAGAUGGAGGACCCGGCUCCCACGGAGCGGCUUGUGCCGGGGUGUUGUCCGCCGCAGCCGUGGCGUUCUGCCUGAAGAAGGACUCGGAUAAUAAGGGUGAUGCACUCCUGGAGGCUGCAAGAACCAAUAAUUCUGAAGAUGUGACCAGGCUGCUACGUGCCGGGGUGGAUCCCAAUCACCGUCACCGACUGGGCUGGACUCCUCUCAUGGUGGCUGCCAUGAACCGACAGCACAGUGUGGUGAAGGUUCUGCUAGAAGCUGGUGCUGACCCAAAUGCAGGGGACCACUUCAACAACGUUUAUGACACAUCACGGGAGAAAGGAACCCACUCACUGGAAGUCCUGGUGUCCAGAGAGGACGAGUUCAGCAGCCGGCUCAGCAGCAGGGCUGGUUUCCGUGGUUGCACCGCACUUCACUACGCCACGCUGGCUGACGACCCGCACGCCGUCCGCAUGCUGCUGGAGGCUGGUGCCAACCCCCUGCAGACCAACGGCUUGGGACACACACCACGGGCCUAUGCCAAAGAGGGAGAGCUGAACACACUACUGCUGGAGUGGGAGGGCAAGUUCCAGGAGGCACAGGCUCGGAGGGAGGCCGAGGAGAGGAGGAGAUUCCCCCUGGAGAGGCGGCUGAAGGAGCACAUCAUUGGACAAGAGGGCUCUAUCAAUACCGUGGCCUCAGCCAUCAGAAGGAAGGAGAACGGUUGGUAUGAUGAAGAGCAUCCCCUCGUCUUCCUCUUUCUCGGCUCCUCGGGAAUCGGAAAGACAGAGUUGGCUAAACAGGUGGCUCGCUACAUGCACAAAGACAUCAAGAAGGGCUUCAUCCGCAUGGACAUGUCUGAGUUCCAGGAGAAACACGAAGUGGCGAAGUUCAUCGGAUCGCCACCAGGAUACGUGGGACACGAGGAGGGAGGUCAUCUGACCAAGCUGCUGAGGGCAUGUCCCAACGCUGUCGUCCUUUUCGACGAGGUGGAUAAGGCCCAUCCCGACGUCCUAACUAUCAUGCUGCAGCUCUUUGAUGAGGGUCGACUGACAGAUGGCAAGGGUAAAACUAUUGAGUGUAAGGAUGCCAUCUUCAUCAUGACGUCCAACGUUGCCAGUGAUGAGAUUGCCCAGCAUGCACUGCAGCUUCGCCAGGAAGCUGAAGAAGUCAGCCGCAGGAAGCUAGCCGACAACCUCAAUGAUGUGCAAAAGAGUGACGACAUCAAAAUUUCCAGACAGUUUAAGGACUCUGUGAUUCGGCCAAUCCUUAAGGCACAUUUCCGGAGGGAUGAGUUUCUGGGUCGGAUCAAUGAGAUCGUCUACUUCCUGCCAUUCUGUCACUCAGAGCUGCUACAGUUGGUCAGCAAAGAGCUCAACUUCUGGGCCAAGAAGGCUAAGCAGCGCCAUGACAUCACUCUUCAAUGGGAUCGUCCGGUUCUCAACCUGCUGGCCGGGGGUUACAACAUGCAUUAUGGAGCACGCUCCAUCAAACACGAGGUUGAGCGGCGGGUGGUCAACCAGUUAGCUGCAGCGUACGAGCAGGAGCUCCUCCCCAAAGGAUGCACUCUGCGGCUGUCUGUCCACUCAGAGGGCCAGGAGGAACGAAGCAUGCCCAGUCUGCGCCUAGAGGUGGUAGGAGAGGACAGCUCAGCCAGAGCUCUGGACAUCCGCCCACCACUCAGCCCUGAGCAUUAGCACACACACACACACACACAUGCAAGCAUGCACACAUGUACACACUGGGACACAGACGUAAAGAGACACAGAGACGAAGUGACUGAGACACGUAGGCAUGUAGAAUUGCAGCCACACAACAGACAUUACACAAUAAUAUGUGCACACACACACCACCUUCGUCCAUAUCAUCAACAUCAUUAUCAUAGACAGUAGCUAGCGGAAGGCGUAGGCGGGCUGAUUCGAUGGAAAUCACCAAUAAAAGUACCUCUUACAAACAUCACUGCCUCCUGCUUUCAGUGUACACAUACAGUAUGUAAAUGUAGAUUUUCCCCAGAAUUGUAAUUUACAUAUACUCAAUCAUCCCAUAGAUACCUUGUGUAGCAAAAAAAAAAAAAUAGAUGGACCUGUUGUGAGUCCAAGACCUGUCACAAUAUAAUGUCUUUUUUUUUCCUUUUUUUUUUUUUUUUGAUACUAGUUGGAGCUAAUCUCAACACAUGCACCCAUAUCAACCUCAGUAGAGGUACGUUUUAAAGGAAGUUGGGAAAUGUGGAUGUGUGUGUGUGUGUGUGCAGGCGUGGUCCUCACACAAACGUCUUAAUUCAGGACUGCCGCGGGGAUUGAACCUAGGGACCUUGACGUCACAAAACCUCAUCACCGUCCAAGUUGAACUUGGAACGCUAAUAGAAAAGCAGAAGUAACAUCAAGGGGGCAAUGCUGUCAGUGUGAGGCGCUGUUAUCCUCACAGGGGAGAAGCAGGGCCAUAGUUUAAGCCUUGCAAAACUGACCCUUUUGCUCUGAUCCCACCGUUGCAUCACACUGGCUUAUUUAUUUAAGAGAGCAGAAAAUACCUGUACAAUAUGGGGGGAAAAAAUGCGUUUCCGUAUUGUUAAAACAGGUCAAAGUCACUGGUUUAGUCUCAGGCUUGUCCACACGAACCACAUCCGGACUGUGACUCUGAGACCAAAGUGUGUAGAAAGAAGUGUAAUGUACAGAACAAGCUGCUGACAGCGAGUGUGCUUGCACAGAAAACGCGUUAUUAGUUUACGUUGCAUGGGGGCGCCUGGCUUCAUUUUGAGGCAGCAGAGCAAUAUUCCAUCCAGGCAGGAGAAAUGGGAAUAAAUAUUCGUGAGACAUAUUCUAAUGGAGACGAUGCUCCGGGGGGACUGUAACUGUAAACCAAGUGGCGGUACCCUUAUCACGCAGACACCAUAAACACCCAAGUGAUGCAAUGCAGAUUGAAAGGGCGGUUCAUCUGCGGCAUCAAUGAAGGUCAUAUGUAUAUUCUUCCAUUUGCAUUAGGAAAGCUUUGCUGGCCGAAUGUUGUUUGCUGUUGUCGUUAAUUAAACUGUCCAGCAUGCGCCGCUUCAGAUUGUCGUUGGUGCUGUGGCCGUCAGAGAUCCGCCGUGAUCCGCAUUGAAAGGGACAUGUGAGGAUCUUGCCCACAGAGCUGCUAGUGGUAGUGGCUAAAUGCUAGUGGUAAAUGCUAGUGUGUGUUGGGGAGGACUAAAUGCUAGUGGUAACUAGCAUUUAGUCAGCGGAGUAAACACAUGAGCAGAAGUGUAUUUAAGCCAGUUUAAGUAAUGAGUAAUAUAAACGCUUUGUGGAGUAUGUGUACUUUUUUUUUUGGACAUUACUACAAAUGUCAUGACCAUGGGAUGUGAUGCUAUACAGUAUGUGUCUUUGCAGGCAAAUACUUUGAAAAAGAAGAAGAAUGUAGGGACCUAAAGUGAAGUGUCGUAAUUGUUUGAUGUGAACAACAUGUUGACAAGGCGCCAGACUCGGUAGGACGACAUUUUUCAUUCUUGUAUUGUGUCGUACCCUGUCAAUAAAGCCACCAUAAUAACCAAA